CUUAACUGAGUAGAUAUCUAGAUUACUAAAUAUAAAUUAUAAUAAAUCUAGAUCUAAAAAUUAAUAAUUCAUUAAUUGUCACUAGUGGUACUUUCAACUGAGUAGUAACUCAAAUAGUAUUAGAUCUAGUACUAUACUGUACAUAGAAUCUCUAUUAGAUAAGUGCUCAACAAAAAAUAGACCAAGAUGGCGAUGCUUCCACGGCUGUCUGCUCUGAAAGCUGCGGGAAGAAGAUGUUUUUCAUGCACAACUCAAGUUCUUUCUCAAGAAACUCCAGUGGGCUUUGUGGGUCUUGGAAACAUGGGAGGUCAUAUGGCCAGGAACUUGUUGAAGAAAGGUUACCCAGUCAUAGCUUUUGAUGUCUCAAAAGACGCCUUGUCAACUUUAAAAAAUGAUGGGGCUGUCGUGGCUGAGUCUCCAGCAGAAGUGGCAGCCAAUGUUUCUCGUCUUGUGUCCAUGUUGCCAGCUAGUGCUGAAGUACAAGAGGUCUACGGUGGAAAGAAAGGCAUUCUGAGCACUGUCAAAAAGGGAACGUUGUUGUUAGACAGCAGUACCAUUGACCCCUCGGUGUCACAGCAAGUGGCAGCUCUAGCAGAGAAACAAGGAGCUACAUUCAUGGACUCUCCAGUUUCUGGAGGUGUGAAUGCUGCUCGAGAUGGAAUUCUUACAUUUAUGGUUGGUGGACCAGAAGCCAGUUUUGCCCAGGCCAAGGCUCUUUUGGAUAACAUGGGCAAAAAUGUUGUAUAUUGUGGACCUGUAGGCACUGGGCAGGCAGCAAAGAUUUGUAAUAAUAUGUUGUUAGCUAUUUCUAUGAUUGGUACAUCAGAAACUAUGAAUCUCGGUAUAAGGCUUGGACUUGACCCCAAACUGCUGGCCAAAAUUUUGAACAUGAGUUCUGGUCGGUGUUGGUCCAGUGAAGUGUAUAACCCAGUGCCUGGUGUUGUCCCUGGAGUUCCAUCCAGCAAUGAUUACAAGGGAGGAUUUGGUUCAGCUCUUAUGGCUAAGGACCUUGGCUUGGCUCAGAAUGCUGCUACUAACACUAAGAGCCCCACUCCUCUCGGCUCCUUGGCUCAUCAGAUCUACCGAACCAUGUGUAACCAAGGUUACAGCGGAAAAGACUUCUCUUCAGCCUUUCUCUUUUUACAAGAACAGGACAAGAAAAAAUAGAUUUAGUUAGCUCUAGGGACUCUGUUUCUUCUUGGCUCCAUUUUGUUGGAGAGUAUUUUUAGUGUGAGUUGCUUUCAGGCAAAGUUUGGUUUGAGAUUAUUAAUCAGAUUAUAGUGUAACUUUUUCCCAUCACUAUUGGAAACUUUAUUAUAACAUUGGGCAUUGCAAUGCAAUUGUUAUUAGAAUUUUAAUAAAAUUUGUGUCAAGUGUUUUCUAGAGUUACAGUGGUUUAGCUUAUUUAUCAAUAAUCUGCAUAACUGUACACGAAUUUAUAUAAAAUAGGCUUUACUUAUUGUUGGCAUUUUCUUGUGGUGACAGAUCGUUAUACAGUGUUCAAUGUAAAUUUGUUUAAUUUGUGGGUUGUGUUUAAAUGUAAUAUUGAAACAGUUUCUAUUUUUUUUAAUUGUUUAUGCUCAAGUUACAUACAAACUACAUUUUUUUGAGAAAUACUGUACAUUUAAUAAAGCUAUGAGGAUAAAAAUGGUUUAUGUUAUUUGUUUUAUGUUGGAAAUACUUUUGUGGAAUUGUUUCAUAACAUUAUUUAAGACCUUAAAAAAAACAACACAUUUCACACACAAUUGUAAUUGCACAAACACACAACUACAGAAUGACCAAACUGAAACACACAAUGCUGAGGACAAACUUCACAUAAACAAAACACAAGACAUAGUAUUACUUCAUUCAAUGUGAGACCAACAGGGGGGCACCCCUACCAUGUCACAGUGACAUUAAAAGUGCAUGUAUACUUACUAGCAUUAUAAGAUGAUCUAUAACAUCCAUAGAGUUGGAAAUAAGUUUGAUGGCCUCAUUAAUAAAAAAAUAAUUUUUUUUUAACCAGUUGAUCAGUUUUCUUUGCACUACUCCUGUCCUCACUAGCACUACUCCUGUCCUCACUAGCACUCCUGUCCUCACUAGCUCUACUCCUGUCCUCACUAGCACUACUCCUGUCCUCACUAGCACUACUCCUGUCCUCACUAGCACUACUCCUGUCCUCACUAGCACUACUCCUGUCCUCACUCUAUAGAUCUGUAAGUUAAUGCAAAGAAUAAUUCAAAUCCCUUAUUUUAAUAUUGUCUUUUACAUUGUUUGAGCUUGCAUCAUAAGCCUUUUUUUUAAUACUGCUGAAAUAAUGUUUAAAAUCCUGCACUUUCUUCCUGUAAAUUAGUGCAUUAUUUACCAUGUUUUAAUAACUCUGACAAUCCACUAAAUAAACAAUCAAUUUCAAUUCUCUCAUAAUGAUACCAUUUCUGGUAAUCUGAAUGUCUCGUUGGACUUUACUCUUAUGAUUUUAAAUAACUGGGUUACUAAAAUACAUGUUUUUGUUUUGCUUAGAGUCACCUUGUUACAAAAACUGUCCUGAAAUAGCUUUUUUAGCUUUACCUUAUAUAAAUGAAUUCUGCAUUGAAAAAUAUGUUGUAUUUGUGGAAGUCAGAAUGCAUCUUGUCCAUGUUUGGCAUUAUUCAGACUUGUAAUAUAAACAAAGCACAAUCAAUAGCAUAUUAUUAUUGCUCUAAAAAAAAUAGGAUAAUAUUGUUUCAUCUUCUGGUUUGAGCUGAUGUCUAGACUUGAUACUGUUACAGAAUGUUGAUAGAGUUCAAAGUACGAGUGAUGGAUCUAAGAGGGUUGAAUCUCCAAUGAGUUCUGAUGUCCAACUAUGUAUCAAUUAUUAUCUUCAUGAUAACUUGUAGAUUGUGUUUACUUACAUAAAGUAUUAUGAUUGUGCUUACACAAGGUGUGAUCUAAAUAGUGCAGGUGUGUUAUUAAAAAGUAAGACCUAUCUAAUCAUGCUUGUGGUGGUUGUAAGUCAAACCAUUUUACAUCGUUUUAUUUGUGGUUCUGAAAUCCUGUCUUUUUAGGUAGAAAUUUGUUGAUUGUUAGACCUUGGUAAGGUGAAUGGGAUGUCCUUUUAUUUCAAUGAAGUGUUUUCUGGGUUGACUGAAGAUUUAAAACUUGAGAAAGUCUAAGACUAAGAAGUACUUGGGCAGCAUUAAAUGUAAGUCUAUAGUCAACUUAGUUACAACUGUUUAUUGUGGUAUAUUUGAUUUGAGAGUUUACAAAUUGUGUACAAGAAAUAAAUACAUUUAAAUAAAAUCAGUUUUAUUAUU